AUGCCUGCCAUCUCUCGGCAGCCAACGCGCCGCGCGGUGGACGAACUCGACGCCAUGCCCUUACUUGGUCGCCGCCCUAACACGCGACCGUCGCUGAAACCUAAGGGUGUCAACAGCCCGGCUAAAUCAACCUUGCAGCGAGACCAGCCGACGCUUCGACUGCGGCUUCAGCAGAGAUGCUUGAAACCAGAGACGUGGUGGACGUCACUUACCGCGUUUGGUGCACAUGGUGAUAUUUCUGGGCACGUGCUGGAACACGAGAAAGCCAUUGCCGUGGAGGAAACCCGACAGGAAUGGAUGCAACGUCUGCGGCCCAUGCCGCACCGGCAGAACCCACCAGCAAAGAAAGGGACAGAACGCAGAAGGAGCUAG